GACGUUUUAGAUCUGUUCCUCUUGUGCGGACACGGCUAGAAAGCGAAGAAUUUAACUCAACAAUUUCUGAUUUCUUAUACGGAUUAAUUUUUUUUCAAAACGAAUUACAGAGCAAAAAAAUUGUGUUGAUUUUUGUUUGAAAAAAAAAAAAACAAAAAAACGAACAUUUUGUAUGAACAACUAAAAACAAUUUUCGUAGAAAAGUGAGAAUCAAUUGUUACACAGCCGUUGCCUAAGCGUGAAGGAAGCAUUUGGGCUGAGACGACGCGAAACACUUCAAUCUAAUAUUGAAAAGAAGGAUAAUUUAGCAAAAACCCACGAAUUUUGCACUCAAGCCCCGACUCUCACUCGAGUUUCAUUAAUACAUAUUUAAUUUACGUUUUCUGUUAAGAAGCAAGCGAAUCUUUAACCAAGAUGCCGAAGCCAGCUGCUAGCCAAGAGGAUGAGGAUCCCACGCCAUACCUGUUCGUGUCUUUGGAACAAAGACGUAUCGAUCAAUCGAAACCCUAUGACUCCAAGAAGAAUUGCUGGGUGCCCGAUGAGAAGGAGGGUUAUCUUCUUGGUGAAAUUAAGGCCACCAAGGGUGACAUUGUCUCCGUUGGCCUGCCCGGUGGUGAGACAAAAGAUUUUAAGGCCGAUAAGGUUGAAAAAACGAACCCCCCGAAAUUCGAAAAGGUCGAAGAUAUGGCCGACAUGACUGUGCUAAACACGCCUUGCGUCUUGCACAAUUUGCGACAACGUUACUACUCCAAACUGAUCUACACCUACUCCGGUCUUUUCUGCGUUGCCAUCAAUCCUUACAAGCGUUACCCCGUAUAUACCAACCGUUGCGCUAAGAUGUACCGUGGCAAGCGCCGUAAUGAAGUGCCACCCCAUAUUUUCGCCAUUUCUGACGGUGCCUACGUCGACAUGUUGACCAACCACGUCAAUCAAUCUAUGUUGAUUACUGGUGAGUCUGGUGCUGGUAAGACUGAGAACACGAAGAAGGUAAUUGCGUACUUCGCCACUGUCGGCGCCUCAACAAAGAAGGAUGAAUCGCAAAAGAACAAGGGUUCCCUGGAAGAUCAGGUUGUGCAAACUAACCCUGUACUUGAAGCUUUCGGUAACGCUAAGACCGUGCGUAACGAUAACUCGUCGCGUUUCGGUAAAUUCAUCCGUAUUCACUUCGGUCCAAGUGGUAAACUGGCUGGUGCUGAUAUUGAGACCUAUCUGUUGGAGAAAGCUCGUGUCAUCUCUCAGCAAUCUUUGGAACGUUCGUACCAUAUCUUCUACCAGAUCAUGUCUGGUUCCGUUCCCGGCGUUAAAGAUGUUUGCUUCUUAACUGACAAUAUUUACGAUUACUAUAACGUGUCUCAGGGUAAAGUCACUGUAGCCAGUAUAGAUGACGGUGAGGAAUUCCAGCUGGCAGAUCAAGCCUUCGAUAUCUUGGGUUUCACCGCUCAAGAGAAACAGGAUGUCUACAAGAUCACCGCCGCUGUCAUGCAUAUGGGUGGCAUGAAGUUCAAGCAACGUGGUCGCGAAGAGCAGGCUGAACAAGAUGGUGAAGAAGAGGGUGGCCGUGUUGCCAAGUUGUUCGGUUGCGAUACCGCUGAAUUGUACAAGAACUUGUUGAAGCCCCGCAUUAAGGUCGGUAACGAAUUCGUCACACAAGGUCGUAACGUACAACAAGUCACCAACUCCAUUGGUGCCCUCUGCAAGGGUGUGUUCGAUCGUCUCUUCAAAUGGCUGGUCAAGAAGUGUAACGAAACUCUGGAUACUCAGCAAAAACGUCAACACUUCAUUGGUGUACUGGAUAUUGCUGGUUUCGAAAUUUUCGACUACAAUGGUUUCGAGCAAUUGUGUAUCAAUUUCACCAAUGAGAAAUUGCAACAAUUCUUCAACCAUCACAUGUUCGUUUUGGAACAAGAAGAAUACAAGCGCGAGGGCAUUGACUGGGCGUUUAUCGAUUUCGGCAUGGACUUGUUGGCCUGUAUUGAGAUGAUUGAAAAGCCUAUGGGUAUCUUGUCCAUUCUUGAAGAAGAGUCUAUGUUCCCCAAGGCCACCGAUCAAACAUUCGCCGAAAAAUUGGUCAACACCCAUUUGGGCAAAUCGGCGCCAUUCCAGAAGCCCAAACCACCAAAGCCCGGUCAACAGGCUGCUCACUUCGCUAUUGGCCAUUAUGCUGGUGUUGUUGCCUAUAACAUCACCGGUUGGUUGGAGAAGAACAAGGAUCCAUUGAACGACACUGUUGUCGAUCAAUUCAAGAAAUCUUCCAACAAAUUGUUGGUCGAAAUCUUCGCUGAUCAUGCAGGUCAAUCUGGUACCGCCGAACAAGCCAAGGGCGGUCGUGGUAAGAAGGGUGGUGGUUUUGCUACUGUCUCUUCGGCCUACAAGGAACAAUUGAACAGCUUGAUGACCACUUUGCGUUCAACACAACCUCACUUCGUGCGUUGCAUCAUUCCCAACGAAAUGAAACAACCUGGUUUAGUGGAUGCUCACUUGGUUAUGCAUCAACUGACAUGUAACGGUGUACUUGAAGGUAUCCGUAUUUGUCGUAAAGGUUUCCCCAACAGAAUGGUGUACUCUGAUUUCAAGCAACGCUAUCAAAUAUUGAAUCCAAAGGACAUUAGCGGUAUGGACGAUCCGAAAAAAUGUUCUAAAAUUCUUAUAGAAUCCACAGAACUUGAUCCAGAUUUAUAUCGUCUUGGUCACACAAAGGUGUUCUUCCGCGCUGGUGUCCUGGGUCAGAUGGAAGAGUUCCGUGAUGAGCGUCUCGGCAAGAUCAUGUCCUGGAUGCAAGGUUGGGCUCGUGGUUACUUGGCCCGUAGGAACUUCAAGAAAUUGCAAGAACAACGUAUUGCCCUCAAAGUUGUGCAACGCAACUUGCGCAAAUACUUGCAACUCCGCACCUGGCCAUGGUACAAAUUGUGGCAGAAGAUCAAGCCUUUGCUCAACGUUUCACGCGUUGAGGAUGAGAUUGCUCGUCUAGAGGAGAAGGCCAAGAAGGCUGAGGAAUUGCAUGCCGCUGAAGUGAAGGUACGCAAGGAAUUGGAAGCGCUCAACGCCAAGUUGUUGGCUGAAAAGACUGCCCUUUUGGACUCGCUGUCCGGCGAGAAGGGUCAAUUGCAAGACUUCCAGGAGAGGAACGCUAAGUUGACUGCCCAGAAGAACGACCUCGAGAACCAAUUGCGCGAUAUCCAAGAUCGCCUGAGUCAAGAGGAAGAUGCCCGCAACCAAUUGUUCCAACAGAAGAAGAAGGCUGACCAAGAAAUCUCUGGCCUGAAGAAGGAUAUUGAAGAUCUUGAAUUGAACGUCCAGAAGGCCGAACAAGACAAGGCUACCAAGGAUCACCAAAUCCGCAACUUGAACGAUGAGAUCGCCCACCAAGAUGAACUCAUCAACAAGUUGAACAAGGAGAAGAAGAUGCAGGGUGAGACCAACCAGAAGACUGGUGAGGAGCUCCAAGCUGCCGAGGACAAGAUCAAUCACUUGAACAAGGUUAAGGCUAAGCUCGAACAGACCCUCGAUGAAUUGGAGGACUCAUUGGAGCGCGAGAAGAAAUUACGUGGUGAUGUUGAAAAGGCCAAGCGCAAGGUUGAGGGUGAUUUGAAACUCACCCAGGAAGCUGUCUCCGACUUGGAACGCAACAAGAAGGAAUUGGAACAGACCAUCCAACGCAAGGACAAAGAAUUGUCAUCGAUCACCGCCAAAUUGGAAGACGAACAGGUCGGUGUUGGCAAACACCAACGUCAAAUCAAGGAAUUGCAAGCCCGCAUCGAAGAAUUGGAAGAGGAAGUUGAGGCUGAACGUCAAGCACGCGCCAAGGCUGAGAAGCAACGCGCUGAUUUGGCCCGCGAAUUGGAGGAAUUGGGUGAGCGUCUUGAGGAAGCCGGUGGUGCCACCUCUGCUCAAAUCGAACUCAACAAGAAACGUGAAGCCGAACUCAGCAAAUUGCGUCGCGACUUGGAGGAAGCCAACAUUCAGCACGAAUCCACUUUGGCCAACUUGCGCAAGAAGCACAACGAUGCCGUUGCUGAGAUGGCCGAACAAGUUGAUCAGCUCAACAAGUUGAAGGCUAAGGCUGAGAAGGAGAAGAAUGAAUACUACGCUCAAUUGAAUGACCUCCGCGCCGGUGUUGACCACCUUUCCAACGAGAAGGCUGCCCAAGAAAAGAUCGCCAAGCAAUUGCAGCACACUUUGAACGAAGUGCAAGGCAAAUUGGAUGAGACCAACCGCACCCUCAACGACUUCGAUGCCUCCAAGAAGAAGCUGUCGAUCGAAAACUCCGAUCUGUUGCGUCAAUUGGAGGAAGCCGAGUCGCAGGUGUCGCAAUUGUCCAAGAUCAAGAUCUCCUUGACAACCCAAUUGGAGGAUACCAAGCGUUUGGCCGACGAAGAAUCACGCGAACGUGCCACCCUCUUGGGCAAGUUCCGCAACUUGGAACACGACCUAGACAAUCUGCGCGAGCAGGUAGAAGAGGAAGCCGAAGGCAAGGCUGAUUUGCAACGUCAACUCAGCAAGGCCAACGCUGAAGCUCAAGUAUGGCGCAGCAAGUACGAAUCUGAUGGUGUUGCUCGCUCUGAGGAAUUGGAAGAAGCCAAGAGGAAGUUGCAAGCUCGUUUGGCUGAGGCUGAGGAAACCAUCGAAUCGCUCAACCAGAAAUGCAUUGGCCUCGAAAAGACCAAGCAACGUCUGGCUACUGAAGUCGAGGACUUGCAAUUGGAAGUCGACCGUGCCAACGCCAUUGCCAACGCUGCCGAGAAGAAACAGAAGGCAUUCGACAAGAUCAUUGGCGAAUGGAAACUCAAGGUUGAUGAUUUGGCUGCUGAAUUGGAUGCCUCACAAAAGGAAUGCCGCAACUACUCCACCGAGUUGUUCCGUCUCAAGGGUGCCUACGAAGAAGGCCAGGAACAAUUGGAGGCUGUCCGUCGUGAAAAUAAGAAUCUUGCCGAUGAAGUUAAGGAUCUGCUCGACCAAAUCGGUGAAGGUGGCCGCAACAUCCAUGAAAUCGAGAAGGCACGCAAACGCUUGGAAGCCGAAAAGGAUGAACUCCAAGCUGCCCUCGAGGAAGCCGAAGCUGCCCUGGAACAGGAAGAGAACAAGGUAUUGCGCGCACAAUUGGAAUUGUCACAAGUACGUCAAGAAAUCGAUCGCCGCAUCCAAGAGAAAGAAGAGGAAUUCGAAAACACCCGCAAGAACCACCAACGCGCUCUCGACUCCAUGCAAGCCUCCCUCGAAGCCGAAGCCAAGGGUAAGGCGGAGGCCCUGCGCAUGAAGAAGAAGUUGGAAGCCGAUAUCAACGAGCUGGAAAUUGCCCUGGAUCAUGCCAACAAGGCUAACGCCGAGGCCCAGAAGAACAUCAAACGCUACCAGCAACAGCUUAAGGAUAUCCAGACCGCCCUCGAAGAAGAACAGAGAGCCCGUGACGAUGCCCGCGAACAAUUGGGUAUCUCCGAGCGUCGCGCCAACGCCCUCCAGAACGAACUCGAGGAAUCCCGCACUCUGCUCGAACAAGCUGAUCGCGGUCGUCGCCAAGCCGAACAGGAAUUGGCCGAUGCCCAUGAACAACUCAACGAAAUCUCCGCCCAAAAUGCUUCUAUCUCUGCUGCCAAGAGGAAAUUGGAAUCCGAACUGCAAACACUCCACUCCGAUUUGGAUGAGCUGCUGAACGAAGCCAAGAACUCCGAAGAGAAGGCCAAGAAGGCUAUGGUUGAUGCUGCCCGUCUCGCCGAUGAACUCCGCGCCGAACAAGAUCACGCACAAACCCAAGAGAAACUCCGCAAGGCCUUGGAACAACAAAUCAAGGAAUUGCAAGUCCGUUUGGAUGAGGCUGAGGCCAACGCACUGAAGGGUGGCAAGAAGGCUAUCCAAAAAUUGGAACAACGUGUCCGCGAAUUGGAGAACGAAUUGGAUGGUGAGCAGAGAAGACAUGCCGAUGCCCAGAAGAAUCUCCGCAAAUCUGAACGUCGCAUUAAGGAGUUGAGCUUCCAGUCUGAGGAAGACCGCAAGAACCACGAACGCAUGCAAGACUUAGUCGACAAACUGCAACAGAAGAUCAAGACCUACAAGAGGCAAAUCGAAGAAGCCGAAGAAAUCGCUGCCCUCAACUUGGCCAAAUUCCGCAAGGCACAACAAGAACUCGAGGAAGCUGAGGAACGCGCUGACUUGGCCGAACAGGCUAUCAGCAAAUUCCGCGCCAAGGGACGUGCCGGUUCAGUUGGACGUGGUGCCAGCCCAGCGCCCCGAGCGAUGUCCGUACGGCCACAACUCGACGGAUUGGCUUUCCCACCAAGAUUCGACCUUGCUCCAGACACCGAAUUCUAAAUGCCAUUUCUAUUCUUGGUUUUUAAAAAAUUAUUUUAAAAUAAUAUUUCAUAAUUAUUUGUUAUGUUUAAUUUAAUUUAAACUAUUUACAAUACUUUUUUUUGUUUAACUAAUUUAAAUAAAAAAAAACACAUGUAUAAUUCGAACGACGGGAGAAAUAUGCACUUAGGCAAAAAAUCUCUUAAAACUAAAUAUAAAAAAACCAAAAACAAACAACAAACCAAUGUAAAAGAAAAAAAAACAUAAACACAUAAAAAACAAACACUAGCAUAAGCUCACACCGAUGACGAUGUUGUUGUUAGUUAUGUAUGUAUGUUAAAAGCGAGAAAUCGGAAAUGUACUGCGUCUUGUUUUUCGAAACGGUGUACGAAAGUCAGUCUAGCCUAUAUUGUAUUUAAUUUUUGCUUUUAUACAAAUAAUGACUUUAAAUUAACAAGAAUAAAGUGUUGAGGAAAAACCACAUGCAAUUUGUAAAAAUUAACCAAAACAAAAAAAAAACCAAAAACAAAGAAAA